AGUUUAACGUUGCUUCGCAGACAUGAUACUGUUGCUUGUGACUGUGUCCUGCGUCUUGUUUGGUUCAUCUGCUGGUCUCCAGUAUGACACGGAGUGCUAUGGCAAAAAUUUUGCAUUACCAUGGCGUUAUACACCACCUGUUUUCCGUGGUCAGUUGUACUUCACUCCAAAUAGGGGAUCCAGGAGGCUAAUGAUGGAUAAUGGGGAGGCAAAGGACCCACGCCUUAAAGUUUCCACUAUUUCAGCUAAAUUAACAGAUUUGACAGAAAAAGACGCCGGAAUAUUCUCCAUCUCAUAUGAUGGUGAUAAAUUUCAAGAUGUCAUCAAACUGGAAAUUUUGGAUUGUGCUGACAAGGAAUGGAAGACUUACGGGGAAAGGUUCUCCUAUCGUAUUCCUAGACUGGCUGAAUUCCUGGAAUUCACUCCCCUUGACAGUGACGACCAGCCAAAGGUCCUGUGGAAUCACAGCGACCCUCAGACCAAUAAGGGAGGCAGAGGACAGGUGAAGGGUACUAAAUGGGAGAUUUCAUAUCUCAAUUUUGCAGACGUGGGCUUCUACAACUUCAGAGGAAAAGACAACACUUUGCUGAAGAGGAUACAGCUCACAGUAGAAGCGAAAUACAAAAGCUAUCAAACAAAGGUGAACGGUCAUCUAUUCAUCGAAAGUCCUCCAGGCGAUGUCCCAUGGACUUUGACUUUUACAUCUGAAGGUGAAUUUCAGAAAACAUUGGUGAAAGCAGGCCAUGUGGUUGUAGAUGAUGACUGGGACUCCAAUUUUAGAGGGAGAAUUCAGGUUGUGCGUGGCGGUAUAGAGAUUGAUCCUGUGAAAAUCAAAGACGCUGGCACCUACGAGUUCAGAGACCCGCAAGGUCGCCAGACCAGGUCUGUGGAUGUGAUGGUAAAAUAUGACCCAGUUACUAUCGUUACUUAUGUUGGUAUUGCUGUUGGGGUACUAUUUGCGGUGAUUGUCUGCUGUUGCUGUGUGAAGAAAUGCUGUUGUCAAAAGAGCUCUUCGAAGAGGGCCGAAUCUGCUCCUCAGGCCACAGCCACACCUGCUGUGUAUUACCAUGAUUCAAAUCAACCUGGAGCCCUAGUUUACUCUGUUGCACCUGGUCCAGAUUCCUCUCAUCAGCCAUUGAAUGCUCUAGUUUCUAGAGAACCUACAUCUACCUCACCUGAGCCAUUGGUUGCACCUUUAGGAGGGCAGGAAGCUGAUCCAGCUCCUUCACUCGGCUAUGAUUAUCUCUCCUCGGACCCAGAGCCAAAGUUUGAGCUCAAACUGCCCUCUGCUCUCCCCCUCAGUUCAGACUCAACUUUCUGUGAUGUUUACACCUCAGAUAAACUCAACUUUCUUUAAGCGCACAGGAAAUUCAAGUGAUACAGAGUUGCAUUUGGCAUUCUACCUCAGGACUAGUGGGAACACAGCCAUUUCAGGCUGUGACUGUAAUAUGUUAUAUACACACAUGGAAAAUUAAGCAAGCCUUCAGUGUCAUGGUGAUAGGUGCACAGGAUAAACAUUAUUCACACUACACUGACACAUGACCAGACCUGUCGCAGGUUAAAAUGUGGGAUAUCCUCUUUCUUUUAAUUUAAACACUAAUGUGGUGUGAUCAAAGACGUUUGAGGCCAGUACUCCAGUAACUCUUGAUAACUCACAGCAGCAGAGGGUAGGAGUAAUACAGAGACAUAAAUCAAUUUUAGGUCAAUUUCUACGUAUGAUUACGUAUUUUUUCUCAGGUACGGAAGAACUCAGUGGAGCUCCGUAGCUUUUGUAGACUUAACUGCCGUGAUCAGGAUUUCUGAGUUGAAAUGUAAAUAUGUGUGCCAUAAAUUCAGGUUUUGCACUGAAUGCAUAACUUUGCCUUUCUCCUGCCGCCAUGGGUAUCAUAGGUAGGAGAGAUGAUGUUACAGUGAGGUUGAAAAGUCAGUUUUUUCAGCAGAUUUUAGAAAUUAAGGACUCACACUGACCUCAACACUCAUGGAGAUCAAAUCACUCCACUCAGCAAUUUAAGCCACUGUUACCAGCUUUACUUGUAUAGUAUUUCUAUAUGGUUGUUUCAGAGUGAUAUCAUGUGCCUUCAGCCUCUUAUAUCAAAGUGUCUGUGUGGUUUUUAUAAUUACAUAAUGUUGAAUUAUAUAUGAUAUUUUUAUUUGCUUUAUGCUUUGUAAAUAUGAAAAUCAAAUAAAAAUGUAAUCAAAGUAAAACUAGAA